AUGCACAAGGAUGUUUUCAUCGGUUCUGCACCGCAAGCGCCAGCGCCCGCGCCCGCGCUACUGAUCCUCGCAGAGCUAACGAUAGGUCAGACCCCAUCGGCUGUAGCAGGGGACGAGAAUGACGAGAGCGGGGACAGUCUGGAGCAAGAAGGAAAGAUGCAAGGGUGAGUAAGAAGGCGAGCGUCGAGUCUGACCAGGAUCGUGCUGCGUGCCAAACAUCAACACACGGUCCCCCCUUUCUUGCGCACAACAUCUCCGCAGCAAAAGCAAAUAG